AUGUCGGUAUCCAUACAAGAGUUGGACAGUACUGUCCGCGCCUUUUACGAAGGCAAAGGUGACUUGCAAAAGCAAGCUCAACAGACCCUGACAGAAUUCAAGCAAAAUCCGGAUGCAUGGUUGAUCGUGGGGAAUAUCCUUCAAGAAUCAUCAUAUCCUCAAACAAAAUACCUUGCGCUUCAAGUUCUCGACGAUGUAAUCAUGACUCGAUGGAAGGUCCUACCAAGGGAACAAUGCUUGGGGAUCCGCAACUUUAUCGUCAAUUUCAUUAUCGAGAGCUCGAAGUCCGAAGAGAAGCUCAAAACUGAACGCGCAUUUCUGAACAAGCUUAACCUGGUCCUUGUCUCUAUCCUUAAACAAGAAUGGCCGCAUAACUGGCCAACUUUCAUCAACGAAAUCGUCUCAUCCUGCCACACAAGUCUUUCUAUCUGCGAAAACAACAUGGCUAUCCUUCGACUGCUAUCCGAAGAGGUGUUCGACUUCUCUCAGGACCAGAUGACCUCUGUGAAAGCAAGAAACUUGAAGACGUCGAUGACGCAGGAAUUCUCUUCAAUCUUCCAGCUGUGCACUGAGGUGCUAAAUACCGCAAACCAACCGAGUCUGAUUAGAGCCACUCUAGAGACGCUUCUCCGGUUCUUAAAUUGGAUCCCGCUGGGCUAUAUUUUCGAAACGCCUGUCAUAAAUACGCUUUUGACACGGUUCUUGGACGUCCCAGAAUUUCGCAACGUGACUCUCAAAUGCCUCACAGAGAUCGGGGGUCUUCAAAUCGGAAACCCCUACAACUAUGACGAGAGGCUCGUUCACAUGUUCACCGAAACUUUGACUACGGUGUCAAAAACCAUCCCAUUAUCUAUGGAUCUGAAGCAGACCUAUGCCAAGAGCAACUCGAGGGACCAAGAAUUUGUGCUCAACCUGGCGUUAUUCCUCUGCAGCUUCUUCGGCGCUCAUCUCAAUCUCGUCGAGAAGUUACCCAACCGAGAUUACCUGACGCAUGCCCAUUUCUACCUGAUUCGGAUCAGCCAGAUUGAUGAUAGAGAAGUGUUCAAGAUUUGUCUUGAAUACUGGACACGCCUAGUUCAAGAACUUUAUGAAGAGAUGCAGCAGCUCCCAAUCACGGAUAUCAACCCCUUAGUGAGCAUGGGCGUGAGCGGUCUCUCUAACGGUGGUGCGCCGCAUCCCAGUACACUUGCCAACUAUCCUCUGCGGAAACACAAGUAUGAGGAAGUACUGUCCAGCUUGCGCACGGUUAUGAUAGAGAAAAUGGUGCGACCAGAGGAAGUCCUGAUUGUGGAAAAUGAAGAAGGCGAAAUCAUUCGCGAGUUCGUCAAGGAAAGUGACACGAUUCAAUUGUACAAGACGAUCCGCGAGUGCCUGGUGUAUCUCACACAUUUGGACGUGGUUGACACGGAGAAUAUCAUGAUCGAGAAGCUAGCCAAACAGGUCGAUGGCACCGAAUGGUCUUGGGCCAACUGCAACACACUCUGCUGGGCAAUUGGGUCAAUCUCUGGGGCCAUGAAUGAGGAGACCGAAAAACGCUUCCUUGUCACUGUUAUCAAGGAUCUUCUCGGCCUCACUGAAAUGAAACGUGGCAAGGACAACAAGGCUGUUGUGGCUAGUAACAUUAUGUACAUCGUGGGACAGUACCCGCGCUUUUUGAAGGCGCAUUGGAAAUUUUUGAAGACGGUGGUCAACAAACUUUUCGAAUUCAUGCAUGAAACACAUGAAGGUGUUCAGGAUAUGGCGUGCGAUACCUUUAUCAAAAUUGCCAAUAAGUGCAGGAGGCACUUCGUCGCUCUCCAGCCAGGAGAGAAUGAACCUUUCAUCGAGGAAAUCGUUCGAAACAUGCGCAAAAUCACCUGCGACCUUUCACCCCAGCAGGUCCAUACUUUCUACGAGGCCUGCGGCCACAUGAUCUCGGCACAAGGCCAAAAGGGCCUUCAGGAUCGCUUGAUAGAAAACCUGAUGUCGUUGCCCAACUCUGCGUGGGACACUAUUAUUGCCCAGGCCAACCAGGAUCCAUCCGUCCUCCAGGAUGGCGAAACGAUAAAGAUCGUCGGAAACAUCAUGAAAACCAACGUCGCCGCAUGCUCCUCCGUUGGCACUUACUUCUACUCUCAGCUAGGACGCAUCUACCAUGAUAUGCUGAACAUGUACCGAGCGUCCAGUCAACUUAUCAAUGAUGCUGUUGCGCGUGAUGGGGAUAUCGCGACAAAGACCCCGAAAGUCAGGGGGCUUAGGACAAUCAAAAGGGAGAUACUGAAGCUCAUUGAUACGUAUGUCCAAAAAGCAGACGACUUGGAGAUGGUCAAUGCGAAUAUGGUGCCCCCGCUGCUCGAGGCCGUUUUAGUGGACUACAACCGUAACGUCCCGAAUGCCCGCGAAGCAGAGGUCCUGAAUGCCAUGACAACAGUGAUUCAGAAACUGCACAAUCUCAUGGAGGACAAGGUCCCAUUGAUCAUGGAAAGCGUAUUCGAAUGCACAUUGGAAAUGAUCAACAAGGACUUCCACGAAUUUCCGGACCACAGGAUUCAGUUCUUCAAAUUGCUCCAAGCAAUCAAUCUCUACUGUUUCCCGGCGCUGCUCAAGCUCGAUGCCACGCAGUUCAAAUUUGUCAUAGAUUCAUGCAUGUGGGCUAGCAAACAUGAUAACCGGGAGGUCGAGAACACUGGUCUCACAAUGUGCCUCGAGCUCAUGAAUAACAUGGCCGAGACUGACGCUCAGACAUCCAACAUCUUUUUCCGUCAAUUCUACAUCCCGAUCUUGCAGGAUGUGUUUUUCGUUCUCACUGACAGUGACCACAAAGCGGGGUUCAAGUCUCAGGCGAUGUUGUUGUCGCGGAUGUUUUACUUCGUUGAGGCCGGCAAAGUUCAGGAUCCCAUCUACACCCCUGAACAAGCCCCUAUUGGGACCUCUAAUAAGGAUUUUCUGCAAGAAUAUGUUGCCAACCUUUUACAGACUGCUUUCAAGAACCUCCAGGAGAUUCAAAUCAAACAAUUCGUCGUUGGACUGUUUGCUUUUAACGACGAUUUCAACAAAUUCAAGACUCACUUGCGAGACUUCUUGAUCUCUUUGAAGGAGUUUGCUGGUGACAACGCCGAAUUAUAUGCUGAGGAAAGGGAGCAGGCUCUGAAGGACGCCAAGGCUGCAGAGCGUGACCGUGCAAUGAAGGUUGGAGGACUACUGAAGCCGUCGGAGAUGGACCAUGAUGAUGAGCUAUGA